CAUUCAAUCAUUCAGGACAUACAAUGACAACACCAUAGAAACCAUCAUAUAAGUAAAAAUGCCGGUGAGGGGGAGGGGAGCAUUCCCAAAGCCUUCGGCCGUACAUCGAGAAGAAGGAAGUGGCAGUGGAGGCGGGGUGAUUGUGGAAUAUCGUGCAUUGAAAAAGCUCCAAAACAGUUCAGAAGCAUUGAAUAUUUUACGUAGAAUCGGAGCUUCUGUUCGACCGAUCAUGAUCAAACAUGGAUGGCGACUUCCUCUGCUAGUCGAAAUGUAUCCUAAACAAGAUAAUCUUUUGGGCCUAAACGUAAAUCGAGGCAAAAAGAUCGCUUUAAGGUUACGUAGACCGUACAAUGAUUUGGACUUCAUCGAUGAAGAAUCAAUCACUGAAACGAUGUUACACGAAUUAGCCCACAAUCUACGUGGACCUCAUGAUGAAAUCUUUUUUCAACAUUUGGAGACACUUACGCAGGAAUUCUAUGAUUUACGUGCGAACAGACCCUUGCCUGGUCUGGGAUUCAUGUCAGCCGGACAGAAAUUGGGCGGGAGCGGACUAAUCAGUGCUGCCGAUUCCGCUCAAAGAAGACGAAAUAUUUCUCAAAUCAUCGGAAGUGGGUCAAAUAGGGUCGGCGGUUCUGCUAUCGCGGAUCUAUCACCUAGAGAAGCUGCUGCUGCUGCCGCUCAUCGCCGAAAGGUGAUUUCGAUGGGUUGUCCAAGCAGCAAUUUAGCAAGCACGCAAGAGGCAAACGAAGAGCAGGAACAACAAGAGCUACUGCAUGGCGUUGAAGUGAUCACCAUUGGGGAUGAUGAUGAAGAGGAUGAUGACGAUGACUUUGAAAUCAUCGAAAAUGGACAGACACAAAAGGAGGAAGAUAGCGAUGAUGAAAUCGUAGUCACAGCGGUAAAGAGACCAAAAAAGGAAGAAAGUUCAACUGCAAUGCAAUCCGGCAGUUGGAACUGUCAGACGUGUACACUGCUUAACGAUCGUUAUGCCGAGACAUGUGCCGCUUGCGAGUCUGUGAGGCCUGGAGUUGAUUGCUGGGUUUGUCGAUCCUGUCAGCAUCGUAUGAUUGGCACAUAUGCUGCAUUUUGGUGUUGUACUCAAUGUCAAACGGUCAAAGUUGCUUAAUUAUAUCCAAAUCACACUGUAUCAUAUUUUAUAGUUCGAACAAAUGCAUUUUUAAGUACGCCAAUAAAGGCUAA